UUAUCUAUCAUGUAGUUUUCGUAAAAGUUUUCAUCAGAUCCUUUCUAUCAUCUUAAUUACCAAAAAUAAUCAGAAAAUUUUCAAAGUUUAACACAAAAUUACGAACUUAAUUUUCUUACCCACAAUUGGAUUUAAAUUUUUUCCCUUGAAUUUUAUCAACUUAUCAACUGUUUCUGUUGCUAUCUAACAAUUAAAUAGAUUGUUAAACGAAGUUAUAAGACAAUAGUUAUCGUACAUUUAAGUUUGUUCAAGUUUUAUCCAAUUGGAUUAAGAAAAAUUCACUCCAACAUGUUAUCAAUCCAAUUGAGGAAAAGUGUUUAAUUAUUGGAUGUGCUCAUUGGAACAGAUUUUCAGAAUAAUCUAUUGAUUGGCUGAUUUAAUUGCAAUCAAUUAACCUUGCGACCAUGCUAGUCAAUUCAAGUGGUCAAGGUUCACAAUGGACAAUCCAUUCCAAUCAAAUAAUGACCAGUAACAUUUCAUCACAGCUUAACAACGAGCUUGGUUCAAAUCCAAAGUUAAUCUUCAACUAUCUAACUAAAUCAUAUCCGGGAUUAAUUUAUAUCAUAGCAACGGUGAUAUUUUAUAUUAUCAUCUUCAUAUCACUUGUAUUCUCAAACUUUUACGCCAAUUCAACCGAUAUCUAUGGUUCACCCAGUCAUUUCCAUAAAAGUCCAGGAAGAAAGAGUCGAGAUAAAAAAUCAAUUCGAAGGCCACUUCGUCGAGCAACAUUCAGAUCAAUCAUAUGGCCAAGUAAACAUUCAUCAUGCUGCCUGGAUCCUCAGCUUAAUGAGCGAUUAAUAUAAACAAUAAUCAAUUAUUAUCAUGAAAUCAUAUCCUGGGGGAUUAACAGUUUUUAAUUACAACAUUUACCUUUAAUUAUCAUCAAGAUUAACCCUCUUAAAGCCUUGAAUCUGAUUGAAUUCUAGUAUUUCAUCAAGUAUUAUAUCAAAAAUAAAUUUGACCUUUUACCCAGUCGACAUUUUAC